AAGUGCCCCGUGUCGCCAUGGCUACAGGCGCCGACGCUCCGGACUCUGUCCACGGCGUUCCGUUCCCAUAGCAACCCCAUUGUCUCCCGAGCCGGAACCUGAGCUGCCGGCGCGCGAGGCCAACAGCGCAGAGAGCCUCGCUUCCGCCAGGCACCUGUGCGGCGCUCUGAACAAGGUCCGCGGAGGCCAGGACGCUGACGCCGCCCGAGGAAGCCGAGCUCUCCCGCUGAGGGAGCCGCGAAGGCUAGUUCCGGGGCGUGGCUUCUCUGCCCUCCGCCGGGUGGGCGGCCCAAGCCGCGCCUUGCUGCGCCCUGCGUGUACUUUUCGAGUUGGAGCCUCUGUGGUGGGGGCAGCAGCCGCAAGAAAGAAGCCUCGGGAUGCUCGCCUGGGGCUCAGAAUGUGGCGUCAGGGUUUACGAAGUUGCGGUGAAAGGAAGAAGGAAGCGAUUUGCAUUUGAGAGAGGGGCCAAAGUUUGGUGUUAUAAUUUAUUCAGGGCUAUAUGGCGCCUCAUAGAAGCGAUUUGCAUUUGAGAGAGGGGCCAAAGUUUGGUGUUAUAAUUUAUUCAGGGCUAUAUGGCACCUCAUAGAACAGAAUUUAGGGGGGCGCCUGGGUAGCUCAGUCGUUAAGCGUCUGCCCUCGGCUCAGGGCGUGAUCCCGGCGUUAUGGGAUCGAGCCCCACAUCAGGCUCCUCCGCUGGAAGCCUGCUUCUUCCUCUCCACUCCCCCUGCUUGUAUUCCCUCUCUCGCUGGCUGUCUCUAUUUCUGUCAAAUAAAUAAAAUCUUUAAAAUAAAAAAUCCAGAAUUUAGGAGUGUGAGUGUCAAAAUCCUCGCCCAGGCCAUAGUUUUGAAAGUAGAGAUUAGAAAGAGAAAUUAAUCUCCUUCUGGUGUUUGGAUUGUGGAUGUUCUGGAGACUGGGUCGGAGAGAGCUACUGAGGACUCAGGAAGAAGAUGCAAGCCAGCCCCAUCCGGAUUCCAACUGUCAGCAAUGACACUGACUGGGGUUUCUGCUUCCACCUGUCACAGCAAGCCAAGGUCCCAGCAUACCAGCGAAGAGAUGAAUUGUGUUCCUCUAGUGGGUCUGGAGAGAGUGAAGAAGACACUACAGCCAAGGAGGAGAAGGCCAUGGACUGCAUGUCUCUUCCUAAAGAGAAAUUGGCCCGAUGCCAGAAGAAAAUAGCUCAGCUGAUUAAGAAAAAAAUGAAUACCCAAGCAAACAAGGAGCUGAUUCGCUGUGUCAUCCUUUCUCGGAUUAUUUUUGGGGAAGAACACUGGAAAUGUGCACAGGCUUUGGCCAGCCUGGCUUAUGGCUACCUGACACUGAGAGGCCUCCCAGCACAGGCCAAGAAACAUGCCGAGUCUGCCAAGAACACGCUCCUGACCUGGAAGGGAAGCGUGACCUCAAACAAGGAGAAGAAGAACAUCCUGGAAGCCCUGGUCAUGCUGUACUACACCCUCGGGGUGUCCUGGCUCCUGCAGAACCGUGGCAGAGAGGCUUAUUUCAACCUGCAGAAGGCAGAGAGAAACAUGAAGGAGCUGAAAGAAUUAUUUAAGGGAUGUGUUUGCAAAUCCCAAGUCUCGGAGAAAGACCUGACCGUUGCUUUGGGCAGAGCCUCCUUGGCCAUCCACAGAUUGAACCUCGCUCUGGCAUACUUUGAAAAGGCGGUUGGCGAUGUUAUUGCCACUAAGGGUGAUAGGACAUUGGAUCUGGUCAGUCUAUAUGAGGAAAUUGCUCAGAUUGAGCAGCUGAGGAGGAACCAUGAUGGGGCCAUCCAGUACUUGCAGCAGGCCUAUUCUAUCUGUGUUUCUUUGUUCACUGAAGUCAGCCCCCAAACUGCAGAGGCAAGCGCGUUACUAGCCAAGGCUCAUGCCAUGUCUGGAGAGGCCCAACACAGGGAUGCUGUUGAGAUAUAUUUUAUAAAAAGUAUCAAUGCAUAUCAAGCAACAUUGGGCCCAACGGAUUAUGAAACACUGACAACCAUUGAAGAAUUCUGCAAAUGGCUUGUCCAAAACGGGGAAAAACGGGAGGCUUACAGACUGCUAAAGGCCGCACUGAAGUCUCAGGUCAUCAGCUAUGGUGACUGUAGUGAAAAGGUGGCCGAAACUUUUUACAACAUGGGCAGGAUCUGCUUUGCCGAAGGAGAGCUCAGAAAGGCAAUUCAGCUGUUAAGGAAGUGUCUGAUGAUUCAAAUCCUUUUCUAUGGAAGUGAGCACAGUAAGAGCAGAGACACAAGAGACCUCCUUACCCUGUUGCAGAGGUGAGUUCUGACUCUGAUCAUCAACAGGUCAUCCGUGUGGGUCUGUGGAUAGUGUGGCCUCUCC